GAUGUGUGUUAGUGUUUGUGUAGAUAGAUAUAUGUGAUUCUGUUCAGUUCUUUUUAGAGAUCAGGUCAACACAAUGGCUGGAGUUGUUCGCCUGUCUCUUUAUUUCUUAUUGUUGAUUUAUGUGGUCACUGCUCAGAGAGAGACAACCACGAAGGGAAACUCUGGGCCGGCCUGUGGUAAGACCAGAAGAUGUUUGAAAGAGGCAACCUGUGAUAGGAGAAAGAGAUUGUGUAUGUGCCCCAAAGGCUACAGGGGCAAUGGAAACAUGGGAUGUGUCAAAGAAGAAAAUCUGGCCAUAUUUCUGCAAGGUGAUCCUAAUUUGAACAACUUGUAUUCAGAGCUUCUGCCUCUACAGACUCCUUGUCCUUAUAGACUUGUGAAGUAUACAACACCGGAUUCAAAUAGAGUUGAGGUUUACGCUCAAAACGAUCUGUAUUUUGGCGGGAAAUACUACGCAAAAUCAGUGGAGGUUCGAUUUUUCAUCAAACGUCAAGAGGCUUUCCAAACAUACUCCAUCUUGAUCGAGGGGCUAGCAGAGAAUGGCGUCUACAAGUUCCAAGAAUGGAGGAAAAGUGAAAACGACGUCUUUUGGAAGACUCCUGUCGAUGAUAUUGAGACUGUCGGAUCUUUUAAGAUUGUGACGACAUAUGACACAGUUAAUAACCAGGCUCACAUUGACGCGGCAGAUGGCUUCGGUUUAAAGGUUUUAUUCAGACCAGCAGAAGUGACCACAGAAUACCAAUCUCAGAUUCCAGGCAUAGUUGUAGAUAUAAGUGACUCGAUCAAAUUACAGAUUCACUUUAGUGAAAAUGAAUUGUCCUCUACACCUGAAGGACCAUCUGUGGUUGAAACAGCUGCCAAAAACAAAGUCAGUCUCAGCAACUGGGUCAUCUACACUACCAUGAACAACAUCAAACGUGUAGAACCUGAAGGAUCCACCUGCGACAAAAUGUACAAUGACUUUAAGCAUGAGUGUAAUAGUAGACUCACUCGUUUAGCGUCAGUGAAAGCUUGCAGCGCCUUGUAUACGGAUGAGCCAUUCCUGAAAUGUCUGGCCACAAACAAGAUUAGCACCGUGUCUCUUGCUAGACUGUACAGAGAGUGUCAAACUGCACUCUGCACCAACCGCUACAUGAAAUGUAUUCACAUUGAGACAAAGAUCCGAGAUGAGUUCAACUGCCCAGUGCCCAAGGGGCUGUCAUACUGUUCCUCUUUCUUUAGCAAUUAGCAGCAUCCAUUAGGCUGUCAAAUACAAAUCAUCGAUGUUUUUGUGCUCAGCGUUGGGUUUUAUGUUACUUUCAAUAAAAUAAGCAUGAAACGCUAUUAUAUACAUGCAGGCUAAUUUUCUGAACUUUGGUUGUUGCAAAUUAUAUUUCUCAUUAGAUCGAUGAAGAUAAAUUCAGAGUUUUUUUUCUGCAAUAAUGUCAAUGAAAGUUAAUGCUCAUCUACACUGUCACCAUAUCACUGACUAAGAGUGAAAAUUAUCAGCAAAAUACCAGACUAGCAAAACAAUUAGCAUACUAUCAGAUUGAGAUAAUAAGGUAAAUGUUUGGAGAUUGCAAAGCUACAAAUAAACAAAAACUAAAUCAUACUGGUAAUGCUGUAGAAAAUGGCAGGAUAAAAAUCAAAUGUAAUUUAAUUUUAAUUUAGGCAAAGACUGGUGUAGAUGUAGAACACUACUUAUGUUAGUAGACUAAUGCUUAUAGCAGAAGAAUCUAUCUUAAGAUUUUAUUUGGAAAGUUUUUUUUUAUCUUUCAGGAGUAUUGUUUUCCGAAAAAAAAAAAAUGGGGGCUAGUAAUUAGAAAUCAGAAUGAAUGCAUUAAUAAAACUUCAGGACAUUUGGGUAACAUGAUUGCACUAGUAAAACUAAUGUAGAUGGUCGAAUGCAAUAAAUCUGUAACUACAAAUUAUGCCCCUCCUUUUUACUAAUAAAUCCUUUUUUUUAAAGUACUUUAUGAUAAGUAUAUAUAGGGCUUCAUGUGGAAUUAUUUAAUAAAGCAAACUGUCUAUAUGUUCUAAAACAAUGCAACAAAACUAGUUUGAGGAAUUAUAAAUUAAAAUUGUUAGACCGAAAAAAAAAAAAAAAAAGGCACAUUAAAUUUUAAAGAAAUUUUAUUCAAAGUAUACAUUUUAUUAUUGUUUGACAAAAUCACUGUACAGUAGUAUAAACUGGAAUGAGUGGAAUGUAGUCAGUCAGAAGAUAACAAGAAAAUUGUGUAUAUUGGUAUAUACAGACACAUUAUAUAGGGCACAUUAGAGCUAACAAACAAAUUAAUUUGUAAUUAAUUGUCUAUUAUAUUAAUGAACAUUAAAUUUUUUAUAAGCUGAACAAAAGAAAAUAAGAUUGGGCCCUAGAUUUAAAAAAAUAUUUCUUGUUUGACUAUUGAAUAUUCUAUUUCUUUCUAGAAUUUAACUAUAAAUAAUCUUUUCCUUUUCUCUCUAGUAGUAUUAAAGUGCAACCAAAAUAUACAUAAUUUCAAGUAUUUGAACUAAAAUUAAGCUUUAUAUAUAAAAAAAAACAAAACAACUAUGUACACAAAAUAUUUACAUGAGAUUUAGAAUAACAAAAAUUGCCUACAUUUGAAGUAACUAAGAGAUUUUCUUUGAAUGAAGUUAUGUGACACUGACAUGAAAAUAUUGUACAUUUCAACAUCAUCUUAAAGUGAUAAUAACAGACAUAGUUUCAACAAACUAGCUGUGAUAUCAAUGUUAUUUACAAACCAAAGUAAAAUUGUUCCCAGCCAUUCUAUUCUUAACAGGAUAGCCAACACAACAGACAGACAAGAGCUAUCUACAUAUUAUCAUCUCAAUCCACUACAAACAUUAUUUACACAAUGUUCUCAACAUUUAAGACAUAAACUAUAGAAAAGGUGUAUAAUUAGACGUUAAUAAACUUUAGACACUUUCAUACAAAAAAUGGAUGGUAUGGUUUAAAAUAAAUGAAUGACUAUCCCAUUAAAAGCUAGAGAUUUUUAUAUUUAGCUGUAAACAAAGUAUUGAAAAAAAAAGAAAAA